AUCAAAUCCUUCAAUGGUGGAGCGUCGGGUUUCAGCCAUGUUGUGGUUUUGAAUGAGGAAGAAGCGGGAGAUACUGCUCUACAACGAGUUUUUUUGACCGUUUAAAGUGUCGUUUACGACAUGUAAACGCGCGGGUGUUGGGCGCAACGUGGUAGCCGUUUUUCCGAUUGCAUUGGUUGCGACUUAACGAAUCCCCGUUGUAAUCUAAACAUACUUCUUUAAAUUAGCCACGCCGCUAACAACGUUGGCUAGCAAGGCAGUUAGCAUCGUGUGUAGGCAGGCUCGCUAAUUCUCCGGUAACUAGCCAGCGGGGGGUGGGAAACCGUUUGAAAUUAACCCAGUUUAAUGCGCCCCGCUCGAAUGACUCGCGUUAGCUUAAUUGGUGUCGGCUCCCAAGACCGCUAGACGGCACACACUUGUAGCGAUAGAUUUGCGAACCAGCGGCGUUUAUUAGCGCACUUUCAAACCAUGCUGAAUAAACUCUAUGAAUGGCUAGAGUCAGGCGUAGCCAAUCUUCGCAAUGGUGUUCCAGCUGCAGAGCCAUCUCUUGCAGACCGACCACCCGGGGAGGAGCACGUCAGGAACAGAAGGAAAAGGCAACUUGAAUGUUUGGAAGACGGACAAGAUGGAUUAGCAAUAAAGAAAUCUCGAAUGGGAGGGCUUAUUGACACUGUCCUGAUUACAGCAGAAGGGGUGAAGAAUCGAAGCUUUGGUGUGGCGACAUGGAUGAAGAACAGUGUGAGCCCUACCUUCAGAAAUGUACUACCUACCUCCUCUGGGCCUCCACUUGAACAACCUCAGCCACAGCCCUCAACAUCAGCUGCAAGAUGGACACCGAUGCAUAGCUCCAAAAGAAACUCAUUGGAUCAGACUUUUGCAGCUCCUUCGACAACAUUGGAGUGGAAAGCCUCUAAAUCAGUUUGCAGACGGCAAGUUCACAUCAGUCCUAUGCAUCGCGAAGUUCCAAAAAUAAACGGGCAUCCAUGCAGCUUGCCAUCGUCGAUCACGUCAAAAUGUCACCCCUCUGCGCGGCUUGGCCGGCCCAUAAACUUCAGAACGUACGCCACACCAAGUGUGCUAAGCGGGGUAUCUACAACAAGCACCUCCAGCAGCAGCAUGUACGAGAAGACCUUUCCAAUCAAAGUAGUUCAAGGCCCGUCGCACAGAACGUCAUCGGGUCACGUGCAUCACACCAAGCCAUGCUGCACAGCACAAGAGUCUGUUUGUUUAGAGGAGAAGGAGGUCUACAGGCAGCUUUUGAACGUGGUCUCAGGCGGUCAGUCGUCGUGUUUGCACAACGGCCGCUCGCAUUCCAUUGUGAGGUCACACCGAGAUUUCACCAGCUUUCUGAGCACCAGCCGCAGACUGCUACAGUUUUCCUCCUCCCCUGCUGGUUCAGCGGCAGGGGAUACUUCAGAAGGACCAAGCAGUCCUCCCAGCUCCAGGGGGAUUUCAAGCCAGAGCUCCAGCAACCUUCCCAGCCCAGAGGGGAUCACCUGCAAACCGGGGAAACCAACCUGGUCUCGGGACCCGGACCUCAGCGCCAUUAAACCGGCUCCCUUCGUGUCGGCUCCUUCCCCAUCCGCGGUGGAGAACAACUCCUCUCAGGACACUCGGUCAUCAGCUCAUGAUGGCGACUCUGUUAUUAUUGUAAAUGAACAGAAGGGGAAGAAGCAAGACGGCUCAAGCAUGCCAUGCUUCCAAGCCGAGUUGUGGAUUAAAGAGCUGACGAGUAUGUAUGAUUCUCGGGCAAGAGAAAGACGAAGACUGAUCGAAGAGCAGGAGGCUUUGGCUGCCCAGCUGCUGCGACAGCGCCUGUCUGAAGUGGGGCACCGAAGCACAGAUGUGGAGGUCCAUGUUCGAGUCCCUUUGGAGAUGGAAAUUCCUUUGACAUUAGUUAUACAAGAGCCUUUGGAAGAUAAACCGGAAUUCCCAGAACUCUCAAAGGAAAUGGAGGCUCAGGUGGACAAGGUGUUAAGACGCGGGAGUCCUGAUGAAGUAUUCAGCGAGGGAUUUGGUCUUAGCCUGACCCGCAAAGACCUGCAGACUCUUAGUGGCCUCAACUGGCUAAAUGAUGAGGUGAUCAACUUCUACAUGAAUCUGCUGGUGGAGCGCAGCAAGAACCCCAAGAUGCCCUCUGUCAACACAUUCAGCACGUUCUUCUAUCCCAAGCUACGCAGCAGCGGCUACUCCGCCGUCUGCCGCUGGACCAAAAAGAUGGACAUUUUCUCCAAAGACAUCCUCCUGGUUCCUGUCCACCUGAGGAUGCAUUGGUGCCUCUCUGUGGUAGAUUUCCGCAAAAAGGCUGUUACCUAUUUCGAUUCCAUGGGAGGAAACAACGAUGAAGCGUGCAAACUGUUGUUUGAAUACCUGCAGCAGGAAAGCAAGGACAAAAAGGGGAAAGAACUGGACCCCACAGGAUGGGUGCUAUACAGCAAAAAGCGCAAUGAAAUCCCACAACAGAUGAAUGGGAGCGACUGUGGAAUGUUCACAUGCAAAUAUGCAGAUUACAUCACCAAAGAUACGCCAAUCACGUUCACACAGAAACAAAUGCCGUAUUUCCGAAGAAGGAUGGUUUGGGAGUUAGUGAACCGUAAGCUGCUAUGAAAGGGCUGCCCCAAGAAACACUUCCUAGCUUUGCAACGGCCUCGCAACACCAGCUCAUCACAUCAGGGACUGACGCUGCCAGUCGACCAGUCUUGGUGAACAUUCGCCUGCAGGAUGUUGCUGGAGCUCCGAGCACUUCCCCACCCACUCCGGUCCCCUGCCCCACUUUGGAUUCGUCAUUUUUGGAUCUACGGUCUACGGAGCAUACCUCAAACACUGCAGGAUUUGUCAGGAAAGUCGUUUUCUUUCACCAUAUCUUCAUGGGAGACUCGUGUUGGCACCCCAGGUAAUGUUGAAUACUCCCGGGUGGCAAAAUGGGCAACGCCCACGUCAGUAGACUCUUCAUGGCACCUUUGUUUUUCGGGGCCAAAUGACUUGUACAUUGUUUUAUCUUCUAAUAUGCACAAUUAAAACUUAAAAAUGCAUUAUUUUUGUAAUUGGAUUAAAAUGGACUAAAGUGUUUGAAAUUGUGACAUUGCCAUGCAGAGUGGGAGUGGAUUCGAGUGGAAGUGACAGACUUGUUAAUGUUCAAAGUCUAUUUUACGUACAGGAAUCUUCAGCAAUUUUUUGGCUAUAUUCACAAUAUUUUCAACUUUGUAUAUACUAUUGGAACAUUGUAUUAUACUUUAUGUACUUCCUAUUUUUAUGUAGAUUGAA